AUGGAUAAAAUAAUUUUAAUAACCAUUACAACUAUAUUAUUACUUGGUAUUGGAAGAGGAACAGUAGAAGUAGUAGUAGAAGGACAUAAAAUAUUUCCAUAUAUACUUAGUAGUGGCUUUUUGAUCAAAAAAUAUGAAAAUAUAGAUUGCACUGGUCAAAUCAACCAUAUGUUUUAUACAGAAGAAGAUACCAAUGAUGUUUGUAUCUUGCCAUAUGACUAUUACAUGGAUUGUAACAUCGAUGACAAGACUUGUAAUUUUGGAUUCUGUUGUGAAUGUAAAAACAAUUGUUCGAAAAAGCUAUCGGUUGGUGAAUGUUACUAUGGUUACAAAUUAUUCUUUGAACCACUAGACUAUAGGAACAGUGAUUGGAGUAUAGUUACUACAAUGAAAUAUGCUAGCAAUCCAAAUGCAUGUAAUAUGAGACCAGAUGGAAUAGCAUUAUCUAGAAAAUCAUGUUCCAAACUUCAAAGAUAUGAUGUUUACACCCAAACAUUAUAUGAAGAACUUACACAGAUUAAUUUCUCACUUGAUGAACUUUCAAUUGGAGUAAAUUGUACUGAAGAUUGUGGUGAUUGUGGAUAUGUUGGUACUGCCCUAUCAUUUUAUUGUUUAGGUGGAGCUGGCCCUGGUCAAGAAGACUAUGUUGCAAUGAUAGGUGAUUAUUGGUGGUUUUCAAAUAGUCGUCGUAGUACAGAGAAUUAUUAA